GUCGUGUUUUCAAGACAUCUCGGUACGGAGUAGUAAAAGGUGUGGUGUAAGUGAAUAGAUCCACCAUCAAUAAAAGUUAAGUUCCAUUCGAAUAGGUGUAAAUUCUUUCACUUUUUUGUGGCUGAGUGGAUUUAAAAUCUUGAUUAUUUGUAUGUUGUAUGGCACAAUCAUUUAGUCUAGCACCCCGCAACAUGUCGCAGUAAGUAAAAUCGCAAGAGUUGAAGCCACGCCUGAGAGUAUACUCUAGGUCAUUCUAGGAAGAAGACAUAAAACAACUUCAGCCCAAUCAUCUUUAACGUAAUCAGCGGCGAAUUGCACAUCAUUGAGAAAAUGCCGAGCUAAAGCCUCUGUUAAUAUAGGUCGACCUUACUUGCAGUCCUCUAUCAGAUGGCGUGACGGUAAUCACUCCACUAGAUGCUUCUUUUAGAGGGCUUGAUAGCAACGUCUGGAUCAUGUGUACUUGACACUUGUCUCGUGCCCUAAUACUAUCCUGUUUUCGCGCCAUGUUGCCUCUUUCCAUUCUUGCUAAUUUUUCUCACAGUUCUUUAUAUUGAUCACCCAGUCGGUUCAUUUGUUUAUGCUAACCGUUGUUUUCUCACAUGUCUGCAUUCUAAUUCCAUAACUUUUCGUAAUGUGAUCAACCAUUUUCCUUCCUCAGUAUGAGGUUAUAAUCUGUGGACGACCUUUGAGCGACGCCCGGGUGAGCUUAAGAAUGUCCAUCUACUUACUAAGGCCAAAUGAGGUUCAUAAACCAAUGUGAGAGUUAGGAUCAUAAUUUUCUGUUGAUGGUUAGCGUUAGGAAUUAGAUUUUGGUUUUUUUAUCACGAACUGACAUCAGCUGAAAUAGAAAAACGAUAUUUAACCGAAUGGGUGGAUGAUUUUCGCGCCGAAAUCCGAGACCUGUUAUCUUAUACCUAAUCGGUUCGUCCACAAAUUAUAAUUUUCAUACCGCUAACUUUGCCAUAUCGGACGAUACCGAAAACGUGGAACUGUACAGUAACAUCAAGAAGAGAUUACUAAAAAGUCAGUAACUUCACACGGACUCAUCACAGGGAUACUGAAUGCAAAUGAAAAUUAAAACUAAAUUGUUAUUAUCAUACGUCGCCCCAAGAAAACCACUUGUUUUCAUAUGGGCACCAGGACAGUAUCUCAGCACAAACAAAUAAAUAAAUUUUACUUCAUGUGACAUAUGUUUUGGUGCUCAUUUGUUUCAGUAUUUAGGUUUAAAUAAUUCUACAUUAAAACUGCCCCUACUUUUCAAGUGUUAACAUUAUCAACAUGAGUUAAUGUUCGUUUGCAACUGGAUAUGAUGUUAAGUAACGUUGGAAAAAAAUUCACUUUGUUAUUUCCCUAACAAGUUUCAGUCUAGCCUUUCAAUCUUUACUUAUCUGGGUGCCGAACUCAAGGUAGUUUUCCCGUCUUUCUUCUUUCAUGGGAAUAAGUAAAAGGAUUGUAAGCAUGUACUUCCAAUGAGUUUCGAGGUUUCUAAAAUCCCGUUCUGUUAGUAAUAAUACUAAUAUAGUGAGUUUCGGGUCUACCACCAAACCGAUAUAAUUUUUUUAUGACUUGAUCGCUUUUUUAAUUUCUCUAUUCUAUGUAGUCAUAAGAACAAAUGUUAUUAAAGCAGUUUUGCAGUUGGUAACCACUAAUUCAAAAUCUAAAACUGGCUCUUUGUUCCAGUUUAAAUAAUCUGUUUGUUACCCAUUUACAUGAAUCUUAACAUUUUCAAAUACUUGGUGUUUCUGCUUGCUAAUAAAUUAUUCUUGCUUAUUAAUUUUCAGAUUUUAUGCACUCAUAUAUAAUACAAACUUUCAUACCUGCUAAUGGAUAUUGAAGAUUUAUCUGCCGAGCACGAUAGACCAGAGACAGAAUCUUCUGUACUAGUAAAGACAAGAUUUAGAAAUAAAAAGCAAAAUGUUACUGAGGAUUUGUGUCUUAGUAGUAACUUACCUGAAAAGUUUCAUGUUUUUGUACAAACAUGGGGUUGUGCACAUAAUACUAGUGACAGUGAAUAUAUGACCGGACUACUAGCCAAAUAUGGAUAUCAAGUUACACUGGAUGGUUCACAGUUUACAAAUGGUUGUGAGUCGGCGGGAGAUAUCAGUUCUACAGCAGAUUUAGCUUGUGCAUGCCAAGACAACGGUGAUCAAUGCUGUUCAAAAGAAAAAAACUUCGAUAAAAGCAAAGCUGUACUUUCAAAUUGCGAUGCGAAAAAGAAUGCAGAUGUUUGGGUUUUGAACAGCUGUACAGUUAAAGGUCCAGCCGAAGAUCACUUUCGAAAUGCUGUUUUAGAGGGAAUAAAACUUGGCAAACGUGUUGUUGCCGCUGGUUGUGUACCGCAAAGUCGACCAGGUGCAGAUUACUUAAAGGGUGUUAGUGUUAUUGGUGUGCAUCAAAUUGAUCGUAUUGUUGAAGUUGUUGAAGAAACAUUACAAGGAAAUGUGGUACGAUUUUUGGAUAAAAAGUAUACAUUAUCAGAUAUAUCUAAUGCAAUGAUAAAUUCAUCAUCAUCACCAGCUGGUGUAGCAUUAGAUUUACCGAAAAUUCGACGUAAUCCAUUAAUUGAAAUAUUGGCUAUAAGUACAGGUUGUUUAAAUGCAUGUACAUAUUGUAAAACAAAACAAGCUCGUGGUAUAUUGGUUAGUUAUCCUAUUGAACAAUUAUUAGAUCGUGCUAAACAAGCAUUUAAAGAAGGUGUUAAGGAACUAUGGCUUACUUCAGAAGAUCUUGGUGCUUACGGCCGUGAUUUAGACAGGACUACAUCAUCUCUUAUUUGUCCUGGAUUAUCUGAAAAAUGGCCUCAUCACAUUACACUUGCUGAUCUAUUGGCUGGUCUUGUCCCAAUUAUUCCUGCUGGGUGUAUGUUACGUUUGGGUAUGACAAAUCCGCCAUAUAUAUUAGAUCAAUUAGUUGAAAUCGCGGAAGUAUUGUCACAUCCUAGAGUGUAUUCAUUUCUUCAUAUUCCUGUUCAAUCUGGUUCAGAUGCUGUAUUAGACGCAAUGAAAAGGGAGUAUACUAUAGAAGAAUUCUCAAAUGUUGUAGAUUAUCUUAUGCAAAAUGUGAAACCGCCAAAUUUACCUCCUGGUGCAGCACAUGAUUCUGUAAAUGGAUCUGGGGCGCUUACAAUUGCCACUGAUGUGAUAUGCGGUUUCCCAACUGAAACGGAUAAAGAUUUUAAUGAAACUGUUGAAUUAAUUGAAAAGUAUCAAUUUCCUGUAUUACAUAUAAAUCAGUUCUUUCCACGUCCCGGUACACCUGCUGCUAAUAUGCCAAGAAAAGCUAGUUCUUCCGAAGUAAAAUCUCGUACACGUAGAUUACACGAUCUUUUCAGAAGUUAUCGAACUUAUGAUGGUCGUAUUGGUUGUGAAGUUCGUGUUCUUAUUACUGAACCGAGUUUUGAUGGUAAAUUUUGGGUUGGUCAUACAAAAGCUUAUGAACAAAUUUUAUUACCAAAAGAUCCGGAUGUUUAUGGUCGUAUAGUACUUGUACGUAUUAUAGAAUGUGAUAAAUUUUUUAUGCGUGGUAUCAUUAUUGAUUCUGGACCAUUGGAUUCUAUUAUUUUCUCAGAUAAUAAUUUCAAUUUAUCAUCUUUACCUUUAUUAGUACAAAAUUCAAUUCAAUUAUCUAAAAUAAAUUAUACUACUAUGGUAAAACCAAAUCAAUUUAGUAUAUAUACGUUGAUUAAUUCAUUACGAAGUGAUAAAACAUUGGCAUUUUACAUGGGCUAUAUGAUACUUAUAAUAGCUGGAAUCUGUUCCGCAUGGAAAUUUACAGAUUUGGAUCUAUACAAGAGGUUUUCUCUUACUUGAUUCUAUAUGUCAAUGAAAUGUGAUAAAUUGACUAUGUAUAUACAUUUGAUUUUUGUUCUAUUUCGAAUAAUACAUCUAUUCAGAAGUAA